GGCCGGAAGGCCGGGGCGGGACGGGGCGGGGCGGGACCGGGAGUAGCCCCGCCUGGUUGCACGGAUCGGUGCUCAGCUCCCACCGCUGGGCAGGCGACAAGUGCGGGUCUGGCGGAGCGCGGUGGCGCGCGGAGACCGAGGGGCGACCGCGGGCGGCAGGGCCCCCGGCGGCGCGCCACUCGGCCGGGCCGGGAGUCGCGUCAGUCGGUGUUCCCGGCCGAGCGCGGUCCGCCUCCCUCUCAGCGCUCAUCCGGCCUGAGGGCGGCCAGAGGGCAUGUGGGACCCCACAAGGGCGCCGCCGCCGGUGCUCGCGGGCCGCGGGUGAAGAGGAGAGUACGGCCUCACUCAGCCCGGAGCAGAGAGGUGGCCCGGAGCGAAGAGGAGGUGCUGAGCGAAGAGGAGAUGCUGAGCGAACAGGUGGCCCGUAAUGAACAGUUAGUCGGGAGCAAAGAGGUGGUCCGGAGCGAAGCGGUGACCGAGAACGAAGCGGUGACCGAGAGCGAAGAGGCGGCCCCGACCGAAGAAGUGGCCCAGAAUGAAGAAAUGGCGGCAGCCGGACUCAGCGUGACCGUCACCCACAGCAAUGAGAAGCACGACCUUCAUGUUACCCCGCAACAGGGCAGUAGUGAACCAAUUGUCCAAGAUCUAGCCCAGGUUGUUGAAGAGGCCACAGGAGUCCCGCUACCUUUUCAGAAACUCAUAUUUAAGGGACAGUCUCUGAAGGAAAUGGAGAAGCCAUUGUCUGCAGUUGGAAUACAAAAUGGUUGCCGGGUCAUGUUAAUUGGGAAAAAGAACAGACCAGAGGAAGAAGUUGAACUAAAAAAGUUGAAAAGUUUGGAGAAGUCUGUGGAGAAGAUAGCUGACCAACUGGAAGAGUUAAAUAAAGAGCUUAUUGGAAUCCAGCAGGGUUUUCUGGCCAAGGAUUUGCAAGCUGAAGCCCUCUGCAAACUCGAUAGGAAAGUAAAAGCCACAAUCGAGCAGUUUAUGAAGAUCUUGGAGGAGAUUGAUGCACUAGUUCUGCCAGAAAAUUUCAAAGACAGUAGACUGAAAAGGAAGGGUUUGGUGAAAAGGGUUCAGGCACUCCUAGCUGAGUGCGACACAGUGGAGCAGAACAUCUGCCAGGAGGCAGAGCAGCUGCAAUCCACAAACUUGGCCCUGGCCAAAUGAGGAGAGGCGGAGAGAGGCUGUGCUGCCCUGAAGAACAGUGCCACCAGCUCUGCCCUCUGCAACAGGAGUUACCUGACUUCUCCAAGGCUGCUGGGUCACUUGACCAAUUGCCAGUUUUCUUUCUCCUACACCUUGGCAUAUUUUCCUGCUUAAAAUCCUCCAUUGGCUACACCUGCUCUCAAUGAACAAGUACUGUGUUUAUAAUCUUAAAUAGAGCUCUUGUUUGUUUUCUUAUUCUGCCUCUGUGUGGCUGUGCUGUCCAGCAGCCCACCUUAUCUUGGGAGGGCCCAAAUCUUCCCAUGUCUUUUGACCUUUGGGUGCUUUCGUUUGUCCACGGGGAGUUCAGAUUUAUAGGCCACCCUGGUCUUCAGAUACAUGCGGCCUUUUUGCCCUUGUGGUCCCAUAGUCCCAUAGAUGUAAAUCAGAAUCAUUUGGAGGUUGUAUCUAGUCAGGAAUGUUGGAAAUAGCUUGGAGCAGGUUUUUGGCACACAGUAGUCCAAAUAUCCCUCAUUGUGACCUAAUUCUGGAAUAGCUGGUUGGGUUGUUGGUUCACAGAUUCUGUAUUUACUUUCCAGUGAACCUGCACAGCCACGGGCCAGGAGAUCUCAGGGGCCCAUUCCUGGGGUGAGGCCUGGGGUUGAUGUAUGGGCUUCCUUGUCCCCUAGCAAAUCUGUAGGAGGUUAGAACCCAGUGUUGACGGAGUCUCUGGUUCAAACCGGGUUAAAAUCAUGUCUUGGGAAGGGCAUAGAGGGAAACGGAGUGAGUAAAGCAGGCAGAUGGUGAAGACAGCCGUAAACUUCUCAGAAGUUCCUUCAACGGCAUUUCUGUCCACUGUACUGUCCUGAGAUCUAUAUUUCCUUCAAAGCUGUUCCUGUCCAUUUUGUGGCCUUCCCUACCCCACCACCUAUUGUUUUUUUAAACUAUAUACACAUCAGCAAUCAGAAGAGUGCUUAAACUAUUUUUUUAGGGGAGAGAGAAAGAGAAACAUUGUGUGAGAGAAACAUUGAUCGGUUGCCUCUCGUAAGCAUCCUGUCUGGAAGAUCAAGAGUGGCUCUGCAGGCUAGAACUCUUAAACUGAUCAGCUGCUGUCACCCCAUUUUUUCACACAGUGCUCAGGAGACAGGCUCCCAGUAGGCCACUCUGAGGCCAAUCUUAUUUGGCACACAGGGCAUCACUGAAGUCCCAGGAACUUAGGACUGUGUGGGUGGGACUAGGACAAGGUGGUGUGGAGAGAACAAGUGCAUGAAGCUCAGGGCCCAGCCCAGCCCACCACCAACUGUAAUCAGAGCAAUUCAGUACUUAACUGUUUUAUGUAGUAGCUGUGUCACCUUAGGCCACAACAUUCAAUGAAAAGUUACUGUGUGCCAGGUAGUAUUUUAAGUACUCUUGAUAUACUAGUCAUUUAAUCCUCAUACAACCUAGGAGAUAGAUACUAAUCCAUGUUAGAGAUGAGGAAACUGAGAGAGCUUAGGUAAUUUGCUAAAGUCAUAGAGUAAGUAACUAAGCCAGGACACCAAGCUGGGCAGUUUGAUUCAGAGGCUAUGCUCUUAUCUCUACUGUGCUGCCUCCCAGUUAACACAGGGUUGUGUGUUCGCUCUUAUUUUCUCUUCCUCUCCUUCCUUCCAUGUUGGUCUUUCCACUUGCUCUCUGGUCCUCUCUGAUUCAUUCUCCACAGAGCAUCGUGAGUGAUGUAAAGUACAAAUCUUUCCAUGUCAGUCCCUGCUUAAAAACAUCCAAUGGCUUCCCUUUCCAUCUCAUGUCAGGCCACUCUCCUAUUGGCUUCGUGUGGUCAGCCAGUCUGGUCUUCGUUCAGGUCCUCAGAUGCUCUGUACCCUCUCCUGCCCCGGGGUCUUAGCACUCACCAUUCCUCUGUUAGGACAGCUCCUUGCCACCCUUCCACCAUUGCCACCCCUUUCCUAGGUAACUUCUAUUUGUCCUUCAGAACUUAAUGCCUCUUUCAUGCACUGUCUGAGAACAUAUCAAGAACAUCUCACAGCUUGUCAUAACUUUUCUUUCACAGCAAGUAUCAUAGUCUCUGAAGGUUUAUUUAUGGGAUUAUCUAAUUUAAUAUUUGCCUUUUAUACUUGACUAUAAGUUCCCUGGGUUAAGGAGCUUCUUUGUCUUGUUGAUAGCAUAUUUCAAACACAUUGUCUGGUUUUAUAGUAGAUGCUCAAUAAAUAUUUGUAGAACAAAUGUCAAACGCAUUGGCAUUUACAGUAUUAACAGUCAUCAUUUAAGGGUUGAGCAAAGAGUCCCUAAGUCAUGGGCUGUUUAGCAGAUGUGCAGGGUGGUUACUGGGGCCUGGUCACACAGCCUUCCCUGCACAGACCUACCCAUCCAGAGGGUAUCUGCUUGUGAACAGGGAGAGAACAUCCCUUCUCAGCUGCCCGCUUUCCUAGAACAUGAUCCGCCCUAUCUCAGGGGAACAAAUGGGGCUCUGUCAUCCCAUAAACUUCCAUCAGCCUCACAGAAUUAUAAGAUCCUCCACAUGCUUAAACUUUGUGCCAAAAAAAAAAAAAAAAAUCCUCCACAUGCGGUCUAUUUAGUCAACAAUUCCUAAUUAUCCUUCAUAACGUAAAGGUUACCUCCUCUUAGAAUCCCUUUUUUAUCUGGUGGUUAAGCUUCUUUUAGUUGAGAGAACCAGAAACAUAAUUUCAAAGACAUUGUUGAAAUGGAAAUUUAUUGACAGGAUGUCAAGUUUUCCCAUGUAACUGGAAGUUCAAGGACAGCUGGAUUUCAGGAACUCAAACACUGCCUGGAAUCGCUCUCCAUAUCUUCUUUGUAUGUCAGCAUCUUUCUCUCAAUCCUGCUUCUUCCAUGAAGUAGGAAACACAUCUUACAGCUUUGCUGCCAGAGAGGAACCAAGUGUUUUCCUUGUUUCCAAUUUGAAAAAUCCUAAAGAAUCUUUUGGCCAAAUCAGCCAUGGCCAGAGCAGCAGGGUCACAUGACAUAGAUAGGGUCUUUAGGGGCCCACACUUAUAUUUUGGCGUGGUUUCCAGAGACAAGGCCACAGUUUCUACAUCUGUAAAGUGGGAAUUAGGUGCGUUUUCCAUUGUGGUGCCUGGCACAUUGCUCAGGCAGAAUCUUUGUGAUUCCUCGUUGUAUGAGUGGAAGCCUGGGAGAGAAGGGUCACUGAGAAGCUCGGCUGAACUAUAUGCCACUUGAGUGUAAGACUUAGAGCAGAGACUUUUAAAUGUCACAAAUAUCCAUUCUGCUACAAUAAGUAAACCUAGUUUUCAGCUUAGCACAUGGCCAAACAGCUAAACACUAUAUUUCCCAGUCUCCUUGUGCUAGGAUGGACAAGAGAAAACAUCGUUUUAGCCAAUGAGAUGUAAAUAUUCUGUACAUCUUAGGGGAAGCAUCUUCAGAGGCAGUUUGCCAUUUUUUCUUUUCUGAGGGCUGGAAUGUAGACGAGAUAGCUGGAUUUGGAGCAGCUGUUUCUGACCUUGAGGUAGAAACUGAUGAGGAUGGCAGACUAAUAUAAUAGGUCUAUCUGAAAGAAAUGAACUUCUGUUUAAGGCACGGUUAUUUCAGCUUUUCUGUCUCUUACUGCCCAGAUUCACUUUUGUUAUUCAUAUGCAGGGGAACAGGAGUUUCUGUUGUCAGUAGCAGAGGAAGGGCCUGUAGAUGGCCUCCCUGUCCCUAUAACAGUUUCAAAUCUGUCAGCGGCAAUUCCUGCUGAGGUUCCCAUUUCUGUGUCUCAGGGAAUGUUAGUUCCUGCUUCCCUGCCCCCACUUUCCUCUGAAAUGUGUGUGCUUUCCCACAGAAUUUUCUGCCUUAUCUGCCCUCACUAGAAUAGGAAUCAGUGUCCAUGUGAAAUGCUCCCAUCUGGUCAGGCCCCUCUACACUCUUUUCCUUACCACCAUUGUCAAGAGGUUCUCCCUGUAGGCUUUGGCCUAAAGAGGGGGUAGUUGACAUAUACUAUAGGCUGGGGCCUCUAUGGUCAGCUUUCUGAAUGCUCUGUAUUCCUGAGGGCCGUUGUAUGAGUGCAUGUGUGCUGUGUGCUGGGGUUGUGUCUAAUGUCAGUGUGUUUAACAGCCAGUUGGAGUGGACGUUGGCCAAAAGAGAGCAGGUUCUGGAGUCAUCCUGCUGUGGGUGGCCAGGGUGCAGGGGGACAUCAAGGGCUUGAGGCAGCACCUGUUUCAACUGUUACAGACCUAGUUCAAAACUUUUAUUUUUUUGUCUUGUUAAUCCUCACCUGAGGCUAUGUUUUCCAUUGACUUUUAGAAAGAGUGGAAGGGACGGGGAGAGGCAGAGAGGGAAAUAUCGAUGUGAGAGACUGGUUACCUCCCACAGUUACCAACCAGGCUGGGGAUUGAGCUAUAACCAAGGUAUGUGCCCUUGACUAGAAUCAAACCUGCAACCCUUCAGUCCAAGGGCCGACGCUCUAAUCACUGAGAAAACCAGCCAGAGCUAGUUCAGUAUUUUAACAAACAGUUCAGUUGUACUGUGUACACUACCUGAACAUCAGCUGUGGUUGUGUGUUGGGGGGGGGGGGGGCGGAGACUUGGGGUGCUGCGUCAGCCAGGGAGAAAGCCAUGAAGGGUUGUGGAACCCUCACAAAGGCUUCUGAAGCUGGGGCCAUGCACCCGGAUAGUUGCAGAGGGCAUAGGUCUCACCUAGGUUCUUGGCCUUAUUCAAACAGGAGCACUGAGCCGAGAGAGUGCUGAGGCCAGGGGCUGGCCUCUCAGAACCCUGACCUCAGAAAGGGAUCUCUCGGGGGACACGUGACGGGGUUGAGGAGCACUGGAGCAAUGGCAAGGACAUCAGUUUCAGAGUAUGGAGGGUGGGACCAGAUCCACAACCUCUUCCCCAGAGUCCCCCAAAAUACUGGCCCACUUGGCUGGGUUGGGCUGGAUCUUUUAUUUCAUGUCACAUCCUCUCCACUCCCACCACUGUUCUCCAGCCUGAAGCUUCAUGGCUUACAAGGUUCCUGUGCGAUCAGCAUUUGCCAUCCUUCACGAUCUGGAUGUCCUGUUUGGUUUUCCUAGGAUCACAGGAGACAGGGAUGAGGCCACCUCCUCAGGAACUAUAAUGCACCCUUCAGGGACCUUGGCGAAGUCCAUUCAGACACCUGCUGAGCCCUACCACCCACUUAAGUGUACGGUGGAGGGCAGACCCCAGGGGUGCCUGGGCAUCUCUCUAUAGCUUUUCCUUCUUGCACACACUCCCCUGGGAGGUUUCAGCUUUCUAGGGUCUCAACCACCACAGCAUACUGAUGGCUGCAAACGUAUCUCCAGCCCAGACUUUUGUCCUAAACUCUAGCCAUAUCUCCACUGGGAUGUCCCAGAGGUUCAACUGUCCAGAGACAUCAUCACCCCACAAACCUGCUACAUCCCUCUGUUUCUUACCUUGGCACAUGGCACCACCAACCGCCCAAACCCACAAGUUAGAAACCAGCAUGUUGUUUUUGCCUCUUCCUCCAUCAUCCCUCACAUCCAAUCUCACAGCUGUCACUUCUCCCCUGAUAUAAUCCUGAGUGUUUAAUCAUGACCUAAGUUAUAUUGUCCUGCUGCUCUCUUGCACAUCUGUCUAGUGCAUUCUAGCUUCCAAAGACUUUCUUUUUUUCCAUGAUCUCACUUAGCUCUGGCAGCUCAAGUGUAUUAUUGGUGAAGACAUGAGACUAAAUGAGUGUUCAGAUAUACCAAGGUCAUAUUUUGGUCCUGCCUCUCCAGACUCAUUUCUUGCCUCUCUCCUGUUCUCUUUUAAAUUUUCUACUCCAGCAUAUCCAACUUCUUAUAUUUCCUCAAAUAUAAACUUUCCCUUCUAGAUCAUUCAAAAACUCAUUUCUCUAUUUAGAAUUACCUUCCCUUGUUUCUUCAUUUUCCUAGCUAAUUUCUACUUACACCUCAAAGCUGGGAAGUCUUCCCUACCCUUGCCCUGUACCCGUAGAACCCUGUGUACUCCCAUCCAAGCCUUUAGCAUUCUAUUCUGUAGUUAGCUAACAGUCAACGUGGCUUCCCCCUUAGACUGACUGACUGCCCCAGAAGGCCUAUGAUGCUGUCUAGCUUAUGCUCUGUUGUUUCCUCAGUGUCUAGUACAUAAUAGGUGCUCAAUAAAUAAUUGUUGACUGGAUGAAUUAAUAAUCAAAUGAAGUCACCUAGUCAGGAUCAGUGUCUUCACUCCCUAUCUCUCACCAGCUGUGGCUUUCUGCUUAGAACCAUGUGCAUGAAUUACACUUGUGCCCAUUCUGUUAGGAGCAAAUGUUGGGGGAUUCUUCCUAGGUCAGGUGUGUGUGGAGGAGGAGGCAGGUCAAGUCUUGCUCCUUUCAGACUUGCAUGCAGCAGAGAUGGAGCCCCACACAAGCAAACACAGGGGAAGGUGGGGAGUGGACUUACAUCCGGGCUAAGCAAAGAUGGCAUUCACUUUCAUAUGUGACCCCGUCAGUGCCGCAGACCAGGUUGGAUGUCUGGGAACAGUCUGGCGACUCUGCCAUAUGCUCACAGUAGGGCUAUCAGAGAGAAGACGGGAGGGAGGGCACUUAGGGAUUCAGAGGCAGUGAGGGGAACCCAGGGCUCUGCUUAUAGCCAGAGUGCAUUGAUCCUGCUGAGCCUGGGUGGGAGGAUUUCACUGCUGGCAGGGGCUUGAUGCCAGUUUGGGGACUUUGGCAAAGGGGCUGGGCCUGCUCAGUCUGGGAGGACUAAUCCAUGGAACACGGCUCGGGAAACCACCCUGGCCACCGUGGAGCCACGGGAGUUAUCUGAGCAGGGGUGUAAAGGAAAACCAACGCUGGUUUUCCAGCAUGGAUGGGAGGGCUCCCUCCGCAGAGGGAAGGCCGGAACUGUAAGUGGCUGCCUUACCAUUCUUGAGAAAACGAGCUUUUCUCCUGACACUGGCACUCCUGAAAGGCAAAACAGCAAGAAUUAGGUGAUGUCUGCUCUAAGCCCCCAGUCCAGGGAUCUGAAGACUGCUUCAGAGGACCUGUUCCAGCCACUGGCCAACCUCGAAUUCCUCACGGAAAGGCAGUGAGUCAGACUGGGGGGCUCCCAGAAAGCUGAUGUGACCUUGGCUUACAUGAACAGAGACAGAAAAUCUAGAAUUAAGAGCAGUCCAGCCUGUUGCUUAUUAGUCAGAUUCCACUGGAAUUAUGUCCCAUCCUAUGUAAUAAAGAGCUAAUGUGCUAAUUAGACCAAACAGCAGAAAGACCAUCUGGAUGACCUUCCGGACGAAGCCAGGGCUGCAAGGGCCAAGGCAGCCGGGGCUGCGAAGGCUGAGACAGCCGGGGCCAAGCCCUUGCACGAAUUUCGUGCACCGGGCCUCUAGUGUAAUAAUAAAAAUAACAUUCUGUGCCAAGCGAGAAUACAUGAUCUUACUACCCUUCAUACCUCUCUCCUGCUGUGUAAUGGAGGAACGGAGCUAGCAGUGGGUGCUGGGGUCUGCUGCCUAGAGCCCACCUGUGGGACUGACACCUUCAUUUCCUCAGCUUCCAAGAGUAUUGGCCAUUCAUAGUGAGACCCUUCCUAGGAAUUACUCUCAGAGAAUGGAGCUACCUCGCUCAAGGUCCCAUCCCGUACCCAGGAACAGCCCACCUCCAAUGACAGAUUGAUGCAGGUACAACAGCCCGAACCCCUCAUCUCUGUUCAGAACAAUGCUAAAGGGCCUCCCCAGCUCCAAGGCUCCCUGUAGGCUCAUCAGAGUCAACGUCCCUCAUCCCUCAAGGGUCUUAGCCCCAUAAACCGCAUGCAGAUCUGAGUCUUUCGUGGGGAACUGGACCAACCUAUAAAGGAGGCUCAGAGGUCAAGCAACACAGCUUGUUAGGGCAGAGCUGGGAUUUGCACACAGGUCUGUCACUCCCUAACCUGGCUCUUCCCACACACACUGGUGUGUUCCAUGGCCCCUCAAGGUCUGGAUGAACUGCUUACAGGACCUGAGCAAAUUGUGAGGUGACUGGUGAGUGUGACGGGUGGAUGAGACAGGAGCCAUGCCUAACACCACAGGUGGAAGGAAAGCGGUUUGUGUAGAGUGGAAAAGGGCAGGAUGUUUCCUAAAAUCUCUGAAUGAUUGUCUUGAGGCCAAGGGAGACCUCAACUUGCUAGGGCAGAGCCUGUCUGAGCAAGGAGGCUUCAGGUUUGGGUUCCGGAAUGUUCUCUCGGUGGGAGUUAUGCCCCAAUGAAGGGGGCUGUCUCCAGAAGUGGAAAGUUCUCCAUCAAUAGAGGAUUACAAGGCACUGGUUUUAGCUCCGCCUGGGAAUGCUAUUACAAGAGAUUUCCAAGGUAGAGAGGAAAACGGGAACUGAGACAGUGACCUCUGCUGUGCUGUUCACACCUGAUGUUGUCAAAAUGCAAACCUAGCCUUGUCACCACACUGCCCCAACCCCAUCCAUGUCAUAAUUUCUAAAACUGGAAAUUACCAAAUGUCCUGCAACAGGAGAGCGGAUAGACUAUGACACACACAUACAGUGAGAUACAACUCAGCCAUAAAAAUGAGCAAACAACCCUGGCCGGUUUGGCUCGCUGGGUGGAGCGUCGGCCUGGGGACUGGGGGGGGUCCCGGGUUCGAUUCCGGUCAGGGGCAUGUGCCUUGGUUGUGGGCACAUCCCCAGUGGGGAGUGUGCAGGAGGCAGCUGCUCGAUGCUUCUCUCUCAUCGAUGUU